UGACUUUGAUGCUUUGUCAAGUGACAUUAGUUUCAUAAAGACAAAAAUGAAUUCAUCUUUAAAUCUAACAAACACGUUUAACACUGAAACACAAAAAUUGGAUUUAAUUUCACAAUUAGCGUUUGUAAAGCUUAUACUCGUUUUGUUAGCUAGGGCUGGUUUUAUUUUAAUUGAAGCGGGUUGUGUCCCAACGGAACAAUUUUACGAUUUACUCCUACCAAAUAUAAUAGAUUUUUCAAUAUCCAGUGCGUCAUAUGGUCUUUUAGGGUGUAUAUUAUCGUUUGGGAAAAGUUCUAUUUAUGGAAUUAUUGGUUAUGGAACUUAUUCAAAUUUGUUUAUGAAUCAUGUAAUUUAUGGUUAUUGCAUAGUUAUUUUUGGAUCAGCUGUAAUUACCACAACUAUAUCGAGUCGAUUACAUUUUAUUGCAUACUUAAUAAUUAUUUUUAUGUACUCUGGAAUAACUCAGCCAAUUUUACUGCAUUGGGUUUAUAAUCAAAAUGGUUGGAUGAAAGAAGCAAUUUUUGGAAAUUAUACUGCUGUUUUACAUGAUUUUGGGGGUAGUUUAGUUUUGAAUUUACCAUGUGGUUUAAUUUCAAUGCUAGGAUUAUUGGUUUUGGGUAGAAGGUUAUUGAUUUUAAAUAAUAUUGAUGAAUAUUCUCUUGGAUCUGAAUCACCUUUAUUAGUAACAUUAGGAUAUUUUUUGGUUAUAAUCGGAUAUAUUAAUAAUUACACAUUGGUUAGUUUUAAUAAAAUUGAAAAUCGCAUGUUUUUAAGUGUUGUUUUGGCAAUUUCUGGAGGUGGAAUUUCAUCCAUAAUGGUUGAGUUAUUUGUAAAGAAAUUAAAUUUUAAUUUUUGGCUAAUAACUAGAUUGUUACAAGGAUUUUUAAUUGGAUUAACUUUUACUUCGUCAUUUAUCGAUAUUAUUUACCCGCCAAUUUCCUUUUUAAUUGCAUUUAUUGGUGGAUGCGUAAUUAGUUGUCAUUCAAAAUUAUAUUUUAACUUGGCUAUUCAAGAUUAUUGCAACGUACAUACAAAUUUUCUUUUACCUGGAGUUUGGUCGCCGAUUGCUCACGCAAUAAUCGUUGCUAUAGGGCCUUUAAAACAUCAACUACCUGGAGAACCCCUUUACAAUUUUUUAUGGUCGCUUGGAUGUAUGCUAAUAAUUUUAUUUUUUAUCGUUUCAAUUUAUGGUUUUUUAUUCCUUGUACUUUGGUGUACUGGAUUUUUACGAAACCAAAGCGAAAUAAUUGCCCAUAAAAGAGCCUCGAAUAUGUUAAGAUAUACAACUCAAUGUACUUUACAUCACAUAAUCGAUCUUACCGAAGAUGAUGAUAUCUUAGAACCUGGUGUUUCUGGAAAAACGCCGAAUGAACAAGUUCAUAAAAUUCAACAAGAAGAAAAUCUGAAAUGUUUUCGAAUUAAAAAUUUUCCACCAAAAAUGUUUAGCAAUUAUUCGAGUAGAAAUUCACCUCAAAAUAGUAUCGAUGGUUUAAAUAAAAAUAUUUACACGAUUUCAUCGAAUUUAGAUGCACCUUGUGGAUCAACUACUAAUCCAUUGUCUGGGGGAGAUAGAGUGGAUUUAUCUCAGAUUUUUAAGUAUCAAAAAACUGUGAAAUGUAAAAGUGUAAAUGUAGAAUAAAAUUUAAGAAAAAUAAGAUUUCUAUGAACCAAUUUAUUGCAUGAAAUUAAAUUAAAAAAAAAGAAAUAUAUUCUAUAAAUUGGGUAUCAUUCAUAUUUGAUAAUUCAUUGAGGUUAUUCAAGGCAUUCUUUUGAAAUGCUUUAAAAGUGUGUACAAGCCACAAUGUGAUUUACUAUCUCUUUCUGCCAAAAGUCAAGGUCCCUUAAAUUAGUGAUCUUCAUCAUUG